UCCACACGGAAAUAUGUCCAUGUAACACAAAUGCAACAUUUUUAGUUGAGCAUGGCUACUACAGGUCAUUUAAAUAGGUUGAGUUGUUUAUUUACACGGUUUUCAACUGUUACUCAACUGAAACACUGCACAGGCGUUGUGCCUGUCCUUCACAAGUCAACUAUCCGUGGACCUUGUAUUGAUGAUGACUGUAAGGUGGAAAUUGGUGUGACAUCUGAUGGGAAGACCAUAGUGUGCUACCAUCCCGCUGAGGAUGUUCCUUAUGAACUUACCCAGCCUAUUCCACGGCCAGACCCCCUGACCAAUCCGGCAGACGCCAUCGACCUCUCCCACCUCGGCAGGGGAGGUGCUGCAAACAGAGCGAGGCCCCCCACCAUCGAGGAGCUCAGCCAAAAUAUUUCCACACCACCAAGCACCGCAUCGUACCCAGUAGGACAGUACCAUACGCGACGCAGGAAGAGAGAUCCCCCAAAAGACCGAUAGUUGUUAAGGAGUGUCUUCCUUUCAAAAUCAUUGAUACCUUACAGAAUUCUUAGUUUGGCUCACCCCCCAAAUCCCAAACUGUUUUUUUGUGCAAUUGUUUGUGCUGUAAAAUAAAAUUAACAAAUCUGAAGUUGCGCACUUAUAUUUUGAAGCAGAUUACCAAAGCUGUAAGUGAAACAUAUAUUUUCCCUAUUUGCUGAAUACCUUUUAUUUCAUGAAAUUCUGGGACAUAGUUAGGAUAUCUGCAUGUUAUUGUGGAGGAAGA